AAAGGUACGUGGCAAUCUUUCGUCGCUGCACCACCUUAACAACAUAUAAACAAAGUCGGCAAAGCAGUUAAACCCGCUCAUUCUAUUCGUUCAUUUGUUUGUAUUUGAAAUUUGUAUUUUAGUUCUACAAUUUCUAAGCUAAGUUUUUAAAAAAUAUUUUGGCAUGGCCUUUUCUCAAUCGCUAGACAUUGGUAAUAGCACUUUAUUAAAUUUAGACAGCCAGGCGCGUCACGCCAUUGACAACGAAGUAGAAGAUGAAGGACAGCGAGAGGCUCCCACUAUUAAAAACAAAGUAGAUGUGGCCGAAGUGAUACAGGAAUCGCCGGAACAUGGUCAGCGUUCCAAACAUAGUAAUAUAGCUGGUUUAUCUAUGUUUAGCAGAUCGCGAACGCAGCGGCAUUUAUCUCGAAAUAACUGCGGUAAAACAACUGCCCAAAAUGCGAAUGUGUCCGCAAACGAACGGAGACGACUGCGGCGGAGCAAGUCAGACUCUACACUACAGAAACAACACACAUUAAAUGGGAGCAAUAGAGCAGAGAAUUACACUGACCUUUUUCGUAGUGGAUUCACAUUUUCAAUAGAAGGUGAACCGCAAAAAAGUGCUUUUGAGGGAAGUGAUUCCGUGUUGCGUGUCUCACAAAUCGAAGCAGCAUUUGAAAUUAUAAAAGAGGAAAAGGCUGAAAUUGUAGAAGAUAUAGAUGAUAUGCUUCUUGAAGAUGAACAGGCUGUGAAUAAUGAUUUAGACAUGCCUAUAUUUUCAGAAGAUUUAAAUGAACUUUUAGAAAAUGUGAAAAGUAUACAAGAAGAAAAAGACAAGUCUGGUAUGGCAGCAAAUAGUCCAAUGUCUUUGUCGGAAUUUGCAGAUACUUCUGAAUGUAAGGAGAAACCUACAGAUGUAAUAGAUGAAUUGGAUGCCCGCCAGUUGGACCAAAGUAGAUUUAUCUGCGCUGAUGCUGGUAGUUCUGAAGCAAAACAGCAAAUAGAAAAAGAAUUGAAAAUUAGUCACAGGGAAGUGACUAAAGUUGAUGAAGUUUUGGAGACAAUACAAGUGAGAAAAGAUUUGAAUGCUUCUUAUCCACAAAGAAGUUUUUCAAACUCUUCUGUCGUAACAGUUAAAAAAACGAACGAAAACAUGCGUGACUUAGAAACACUGAAACGAAUUAGUGCCUGGAAUUUGCCCCAUAGUGUGUUAAAGGAAUAUGAAAAGAAAGGUGUGGUAAAAAUGUUUGAUUGGCAAAUAGAAUGUCUCAGUAAUCCAAAGGUUAUAUUUGAACACUGCAAUCUCGUCUACUCUGCUCCCACAUCUGCUGGUAAAUCUUUAGUCAGUGAGAUUUUACUCUUAAAAACCGUGCUCGAGCGUGGCAAAAAGGUGCUUUUCAUACUGCCCUUCAUUUCUGUGGUUCGUGAGAAAAUGUUUUAUCUACAAGAUUUGUUAACCGUAGCCGGCUACCGUGUUGAAGGUUUCUUCGGCGGUUACACACCACCUGGCGGUUUUGAUAGCAUACAUGUUGCCAUAUGCACCAUAGAGAAAGCCAAUUCCAUUAUAAAUAAAUUAAUGGAGCAAGGUAAACUAGACGACAUAGGCACAGUGGUCGUAGAUGAAGUGCACUUGAUCUCCGAUCCAGGGCGUGGUUAUAUACUCGAACUGCUAAUAGCGAAAGUAUUGUAUAUGUCACGCAAGUAUGGUUUCCAGCUGCAAGUAGUCACAAUGUCCGCCACACUAGCUAAUGUUGAGCUGCUGAAGCGUUGGCUAGACGCAGAGUUGUAUAUAACAGAUUUUCGACCCGUCGCACUGCAGGAGAUGAUUAAAAUCGGAAAUAAAAUAUUCGAUAGCAAAUUACGUCCUUUGCGUGAUAUCAACGAACCCUUACAGGGCGCGGAAUAUCCACUGCCACAAAUACAGAAUGACAAUGACCACGUAGCACAUUUGUGUAUUGAAACAUUACUAGAAAGCUGCUCGGUAAUUGUAUUUUGUCCGUCUAAAGAUUGGUGUGAAAACUUAGCUACUCAGUUGGCAAGCGCCAUACAAACGCUUAUACGUAAAGACGACUAUUAUGGUAAGCGAUUGCGCGCGCAAAUAAAAAGUGACGAAAUUGAAGAAGUAAAAAAGCAGUUGCGUGAUAUACCGACAGGUCUGGACAAUGUGCUCGAAAGAAUGAUCACAUUUGGUUGUGCCUUUCAUCAUGCGGGACUCACAAGUGAAGAACGCGAUAUUAUCGAAGCAAGUUUUAAGUCUUGUGUUUUAAAAAUAAUUGUUGCAACCAGCACACUCAGCUCCGGAGUUAAUCUUCCAGCGCGACGCGUAUUGAUACGCACACCGAUGUUUGGCGGUAGGCAAAUGAGCUCACUCACGUAUCGGCAAAUGAUUGGUCGCGCAGGACGCACAGGAAAGGAUACUUUAGGAGAAUCGAUAUUAAUUUGCACACCUGCCAACACGCGUAUUGGCCAAGAGCUAAUACAAGCAGAUUUGAAGCCAAUCUACUCCUGCCUGGAACAAGAGAAUAGUACUCACCUUAAACGCGCCUUGCUGGAAGUGAUCUCUUCCGGUGUGGCCAUCACAAAGGAAGACAUUGAGAGCUUCGUGAACUGCACACUUUUGAGUGCGGAGAAACAACUUAGCGAACAAGGAAAGGAUAAAAGCAAAGAUGACGAAGAACAUUUCAUAACAGAUGCUCUCGAUUUUCUCAUAGAAUAUGAAUUUGUACGCCUGCAAGUGGAUAGCGAAACAAAUAGAGAGAGUUAUGUAGCAACACGCUUAGGCCAAGCGUGUUUGGCUGCCUCGAUGCCGCCCACUGAUGGCUUAAUACUGUUCGCUGAGCUGCAGAAAUCACGACGUUGCUUUGUGCUGGAGUCCGAACUGCAUGCUGUGUAUUUGGUGACACCUUACUCGGUGUGCUAUCAACUGCAAGAUCUCGAUUGGUUGCUAUUUCUUGAUAUGUGGGAGAAAUUGACACCAGCUAUGAAAAAAGUUGGUGAACUAGUUGGUGUUAAGGAGUCAUUUCUGGUGCGUGCUAUGCGCGGGCAGUCGAAAUUGGACUAUAAACUCAUGCAGAUACAUAAAAGAUUUUACACCGCAUUAGCGCUACAAGAACUAGUCAAUGAAGUCCCUAUCAACACCGUGGCCGCUAAAUAUAAAUGCACGCGUGGUAUGCUACAAAGUCUGCAGCAAAUGUCGUCCACAUUUGCCGGUAUAGUCACGGCGUUUUGCAACUCAUUGCAGUGGCCCACACUAUCCUUGGUUGUUUCGCAGUUUAAGGAGCGUCUGUUCUUCGGCAUACAUAGAGACUUGAUCGAUUUGAUGCGUUUGCCGGAUUUGAAUCACAAACGUGCGCGUGCACUUUUCGACGCUGGCAUUACAACACUUGUAGAUCUUGCAAACGCUGAUAUUUUCGAAGUCGAAAAGGUUUUAUAUAACGCGCUGAGCUUUGAUUCAGCCAAACAACAUGAUAAUGAAGCGGAUUACGAAGCGCUGCAACGAAAUCAAGCGCGGGAAUUUUUCAUAACGGGCAAAGUGGGUUUGACAGUAGCCGAAGGCGCCAAAUUGCUGGUACAAGAAGCGCGCAUUUUCGUACAAUACGAAAUCGGUGUGGGCGGCAUUAAGUGGACGCAAGAACGUACAAAUGAAGGGAGUUCAAUAGAUAGUUUACACAUGUCAUGUGAAGAGAAUGAAAAGGAGCAUGGCGUUAAACGUAAAAGUGUGGAGCAUCGAAAAGAGUCUGAAGUAUCGCCACCAAAAUUGAAAAGACUGGAGAAUGAGGCGAAACAGCAUUCUAUAUUAAAUGAAAAACCGUCAACGAGUAAAAACGCUUUUAUUGCGUUAAGGCAGCGAGAACUGUUGCGGGAAAAUUCCAGUUUAAAUAGCAAACAAAAACAAAAAAAAGCUGAUGACGCAAAAAUGUUGACAGCUCCAACAAAUAAAACAUGCAAUAUGAAACAAAAACCCGUUACAAUAACAGCACAGAAACAGAAUGGCUUAUUAGCAGUUGCCCCAACUGCAGAAAGUAUAAAUAUAAAAGAAAAAGAAAAUUCCGCUACAAUAACUGCACAGAGACAAAAUAGUACUUUAGUUGUUGCAACUGCUGCAAAAAAUAUUAACGCAGAAGGUAAUAAAGAAAAUUCAGUUACUAGCACUGCCAUCAAGAUAUCAGCAACGAUCGAGAAAUUCAAAAUUUUGCAAAACACAAAUAAAGUUGUAGAUAAAAAUAAAAUUGAUGAAAAAUAUGCUAAAAAUGUUGCACAAAAUGCGAAAAACGCUGCUACAGACGUUAACUUCAAAACAGCGAAAGACGAACAAAUACCAAAAGCAGUAAAUAUUGAGACAAAAAAGUAUACGCUACGUAAAUCUAAGGAACAUCCAGCGAUUUCAAAGCCCGCAACAAGUGAUAGUGCAAUAUUAACACCAAAUACCAAAAGUAAUGUAAACAGACACACUCCAACAACUUUGAAGCAAACAACAAGCAACAAAAAUAAACCCAACUCGGUGAAGCAAUCGCCACAAGCAACACAGGUUAUAAGCAUAGCACCGCGUCGUAGUCCACGUAAUCAUCAACGAAAUUCGAAUGUCAUAAAUACUGUGGAAACAAAACCGCCACCACAACCGUGCAAUGUCACGAAAAAUUCAACAAGCACAGAGAAACACUUUGAUCAAUCGCUUUUCCUCGCGGACGACUCCUUCGAAUUGAAUACUGGUAUCAAUGCUGCAAUUGAAGCAGCAAAUCAGCACAAUGAUGCUCCUACCAACUCAACAACUACGGCCAACAAAGAAAAUGACGACGAAAUUGCCGAAUCGCAGCAAAUUGUACUAGCUGUGAUCGAUUCACCCGUGCCGGCGAAGCACUCAGUGCAUGCCUCACGUCUGCUGCGCACAACACAACGCUUGAGAGCCGCACACAAAAUCAAUGUAACGAAGGAUGCCUCUCCCACAAAUGCGCAUCCCUCGAGUUCAAUAGAAGUGUCGGAUUUAUCGCUUGAGAAUUCACUGCUCCAGAAUCCUUUGCAACUGAAUGCAUCGCAUAUUUUGAAUUGUACCAAAGUUGACGACGCCUCUACCAAUUUCAAACGUCUUGAGAUUGUUGACAUCUGUGGUGACCUCAGACUGUUCAAUGCCGCACUGCGUGAGCUCAUGGCAGUUAAACGUUUCGGUUUCUGCAUUGGCUUGCAACAGCAGGAGAAUAAAUGCAAACCGCUAAUAGGUGGCAAUUUGCUAAUAAAUCAGCGCGCAGGUAGCGAAAAUGAGGGGCAACAGGCGGUCGCAAAAGAGUUUCAAAUCGAUGAUCAUACAUAUUUAGCUGGUUGUGCUUUUGGUGUUGUAGAGAAUGUAGUUUAUUAUAUGAACAUGCAGCCAGAGGGCACUUGCGCUAAUGUGACUAAAGAAAUGAAAUGCAAAUUUUUAUCCUCACUUUUAACCACCGGUAAAUGCACGCUACUUUGUGUGGAUGCCAAGGAGCAGUUGAAGAUAUUGUACCGUGUUUUGGGUGAACUCAGCGAGCUGCACGUAGACCUGGAGGAUCCCAAGGAGGCCAAUUGGCUGUUGCAGCCGGAUAAAUUCAUGAGUUUCCAACAGAUGACUCACCAAUUUGCGCCGGAAUGCACAGCUCUCACCGGCUUAUGUGGCAAUGGACGUGGUUAUAGUAGUCACGGCCUGGAUACGGUUAGCGCUAUUAGAGCUAAGGUUAGAUGUUCAGUGGAAGCUUGCGUUACGGUGCACAUACUGAAAACACAAAUAGAAAACCUAGAACGCAUCGGCUCAGGUCAAUUGUAUAAAUUUUUUAAAGAACUACAAAUGCCUUUGCAGAAUUCACUUUGCAAUAUGGAAUUGAUCGGUUUUCCAGCGAAUGAGGCUGCUUUGCGGAAAAUUUACCAACAAAUGCUGGAAACGAUGAAAAAACUCGAAUUGAAAAUCUACGAAAUGCAUGGUGGCAGAUUCAAUUUGGGCUCUUCGAGUGCGGUGGCGAAGGUUCUUGGUCUGCACCGCAAACCCAGCGGUCGCGUGAGCACUUCCCGCCAAAUACUUGAAAAGAUCGAUUCACCAAUUUCGCAAGCCAUCAUAUCCUAUCGUAAAAUAAGCACCACAUUAUCCAAAAAUAUACAACCACUUUUGAAAUGCGUCCAAAAUGACAGAAUACAUGGUCAGAGUAUAACCUAUACACAGACUGGACGUAUUUCCAUGACUGAGCCAAACUUACAAAAUGUGGCCAAAAAUUUUGUGGUCACUGUGGAAGGCAGCGAAAAUGUAAUUAUAUCCUGUCGCAGCGCAUUUUUCCCAACGGAAAGUGGACGCUGCUUGCUCUCCGCAGAUUUUUGUCAGCUUGAAAUGCGCAUACUCGCGCAUCUCUCACAGGACGCAGCGCUAUUGAAAGUAAUGAACACCGAUCGAGACAUUUUCAACGCAAUAGCAGCGCGCUGGCACAAGCUGGCAGAAAAUGCUGUUUCCACGGAGCUGCGCGAUGGCACCAAGCAGAUUUGCUAUGGCAUAGUUUAUGGCAUGGGCAUGCGCAGCUUGGCCGAUGCCUUGAAGUGUACCGAACAGGAAGCGACAUCUCUAUCGCAGCAAUUCCAUUUGGCUUAUCCGGGUAUAAGAGCAUAUACCGAUAAAGUGGUAAAAUUUGCACGCAAUAAUGGUUAUAUUGAAACCAUCACGGGUCGUCGUCGUUACCUGGAGCACAUAAACAGUGGCGAACCACAGCAAAAAAAACACGCUGAACGUCAGGCGAUCAAUUCGACGAUUCAAGGCUCAGCCGCCGAUAUAGCAAAGAAUGCUAUUCUACGCAUGGAGAAGAAUAUCGAGAAAUACCGCGACAAAUUGGGCAUAACUAGCGCGAACGCCGUGCGUUUUGUGUUGCACAUACAUGACGAGCUGGUAUUCGAGUUGCCCACCGAGAAGGCGAAAAAAGUGGCCAAAAUCUUAAGUCUCACUAUGGAGAAUUGCGUUAAACUAAGUGUGCCGCUCAAGGUCAAACUCAAAAUGGGCAGGAGCUGGGGUGAACUGCAAGAUAUUAAGCUGUAAUAACUUGUCAGCGCAAUUUGUUGAUAUUUAAAAUAAUAGUUACUUGUUAAUUUGCCAAUUUUAUACAUCAUUCAUUAAGUCACACAAAUUAUUUAUAUACUUGUAAUUUAUUCAAUAAACUCACUACAGUAAUUGUAUGCUA